CUCCUCCUCCUCUUCUUCCUCUUCUUCCUCCCGCCACAAGUUCCAACCCAACUCGAGUCUUCCUCCUUCAUCAGCCUCUAAAAUGGUGUACGGGGACGCCCAUCGGCUCUUCCUGCAGCUGAUGACCCACAGAAGGAGCCUGGACGAGAGGGAGGCCACACAAUUAAUGGAGAGGUGUUGCAAGGAGUUCCGGGUGAAAGCCAAAAAUCUGGAAGGGUUUGUUCUGGAGCUGAACCUGGAGCUGAAGCACAUGCAGCUGGUGGUGAGGAGCGCCAUGGAGGAGCGCGAGGAUGGUGACUACCCGUGCCUGGUGCUGGCGAACCUGAUGGCUAGCGAUGCGACUAGAGAGCUGAGUUCCUUCACCAAGCAGGAGUUGACCUUCAUGCAGCAGCUGGUGGUGGAGAUGGUCACCUCGGAGAAGGGGGAGGUGGAGAUCAACACGGCUCUUAACAUCGGCCCCCGCCUCCCCCAGAAGCUGAAGCCGAGCACCUGCGAGGACCUGGUUGAACAUCUUGUGGCGGAUAAGUGGUUGAUCAAGGGCUGGGACGAUGAUGGUGGCGAGUGCCUGUCGCUGAGUGCGCUGAGCAUAACGGAGCUGGCGGCGUACCUCGAGGAAACCUUCCCUGAGGACGUCCACAAGUGUUUCUUCUGCACCAAACUGACGGUCAAGGGCUACCGAUGUGACCAGUGCAACAUCAGUGUCCAUCGCGACUGUGGCAAGAAGUACUGGGCAGAUCGCAACAGCUACGAGUGUCCUGGCGAGAGGUGCAGCGCUUCCCUCCGUGACCAGGUGGUUUCAGGUCAUGGCCAAACGAAGCGGCGAAGGACGAGAAAUGCGGAUCAGGAGGACGAGAAUAUGGAUGAGGUGGAGACGGAGGAGGAGGAGGAAGAGGUGGAGGAGGUGGUGAAGAAGGGGAAAGGAAAAGUUUCACCGAGAAAGUCGAGGGGUAGAGAAAAAAUGGAUGUGAGUGAUGAUGAUGUCACUGAGGAGGAGGAGGAGGAAGUGGAGGAGGUGGUAAAGAGGGGAAGAGGAAGAGGUUCAGUGGGGAAGUCGAGGGGUAGAGAAAAUAUGGUUGUAAGUGAUGAUGAUGUGACAGAAGAGGAGGAAGAGGUGGUAAAGAGGGGAAGAGGAAGAAGUUCACCGAGGAAGUCAAGGAGUAAAGAAAAAAUGGAUUUGAGUGAUGAUAAUGCGACUGAAGAGGAAGAGGAGGAGGAGGAGGAGGAGGAGAUGGGGAGGAAGGGAAAAAGAAAAGGUCCAGUGAGAUCAUUGAGGAGAAAAGAAAAAAAAAAUUAUAGUACCAGGGAAGUGGAUGAGGAUGAGGAGGAAGAAGAAGAAGAGGAGGAGGAGGAGGAGGAGGAGGAGGAAGAGAUAAUGGAGGUGGCAAAGAAGGGGAAAGGAAGAAGUUCAGUUAGAAAGGUGAGAAGUAGAAAAUAAAUGGAAAUUGAUAGAUGUGAAUGAGGAGGAGGAAGAGGAGGAGGAACAUAAUGAAUUUGUGAGUGAUGAGUUGAUGAGUCUGAUGUGAAAUGAGGAGGAGGAGGAGGGUUCAAAGGAUGGCAAGGAGCGGAGAAGAAUAAGUUAACGCCAUGAAUUAUAUCGGUAGCUGCGGGGAUCAGGUUUCUUAAAGGCGCCUCUAAGCUAGAAAAAUAAAUCAUCACUCACGCAAACCAUUUCAUAACAUAUAUCAACGCAUUAUCAGUUUAUGCAUCAUCUAUUUUGGGGGGUUAUAUCAUUGCAAAAAUUUGGCCCAUCGCUGGUACAUGGUAAAGCCACAAAUUUGGCCCGUCGCUGCUACCAGGUUAAGGAAGUAGAAGGGAUGACAAGUGAUAUGGGGUUAAGAGUUGAGUCUUGUUGUUAAAGAGGUGAAGAAGAGAAAGACAAGGCAAAGAGGGUUUCAUUGUGUGGUGAGAAGGGAAAGAGAGAGGGGCAAGGAGACACAUACCACUUGGUCCUGUAUCUUAUGAGCCAAAACAAGUACGCAGGUUAAGAUAAAUGAAACGUACGAUAAAAUGAUUAAACAGAUAAAUGGUGACUGAAUGGAGGAGGAGGAGGAACAUAACUGGAUUUGAGUGAUAAGUUGAAGAGUCUGAUGUGAAAUGAAGAGGAGGAGAACAUAAGGAAUUUGCAAAGGAUAACGAUGAUAAAAAAAAAAUAUAUGAAAUCCUCUUGGAAUCUUUAAUUAUAACUUGUGACAAAACGGUAUUCAAACAGAUGUACAUUAAUGAUAAGUGUAGAGCUGUUUAAAACUCAAAAAAUACUCACUGAACAUCAAACCUUUUAACUUGUCCUUUGAAUAUGUUAAGGAAGUUAGACCUUCACAAGAGUACUUACCCGAUUUUUUUUCCAAGUGCUGUAUUACUCUUUAUUAACAAUGUGGCUAAUUUUCUUUUUUCACUCAUUUUUUUCAAGUUGUGGUUAGUAGUUUGUUAUUUUUUUAUAUACAACUUU